ACAGUCUGACCACAGGCGCUAACGGAGUUAGCCCAAUCGCUCUUGGAAUGGCUCCCAUGGCGGGCGGUGGACCCCCGCUGAGGGAUGUUAAGGCACUCCAAUUCGGAAUUCUCAGUCCAGAUGAAAUAAAAGAAAUGUCAGUCACGAAUGAUGGCGGGAUCAAGUAUGCGGAAACCAUGGAGGGUGGAAAGCCUAAAAUUGGGGGUUUGAUGGAUCCUCGCCAAGGAUGUGUGGAUCGCGGUUCAAUAUGCCAGACAUGUAGUGGAAACGUAUCCAAUUGUCCUGGGCACUUUGGACACGUCGAAUUGGCGAAACCAGUUUUCCACAUUGGCUUCAUGAAGAAGACUUUGAAGCUCUUACGAUGCGUUUGUUUUCAUUGUUCGAAGAUCCUCGUUGAUGUUCAGUCACCUCAAAUACAAGAGAUUCUUAGGAAAACCAAAAACGACAACCGACGUCGGAUGAUGUUCAUGUACGAAGAGUGCAAAAGUCGCACAGAAUGCCUGUCGAACGAAGAUCAGAAUGGAGGAGAAAGUGACACGUUAGAAAACAAAACAAAGCGGGCAGGCUGUGGACGUUAUCAGCCGCGCUUUCGUAGGAUCGGCUUAGAGCUGACCGCCGAAUGGAAGAAAAUCAACGAAGAGUCGCAAGAGCGAAAGAUUACUUUGACAGCAGAGCGCGUCUUGGAAGUGUUCAAACGAAUUUCCGAUGAAGAUUGCUUGUCACUGGGUUUCGAUCCGCGCUAUGCCCGUCCCGACUGGAUGAUCGUCACUGUACUUCCAGUUCCACCGUUAGCUGUGCGGCCAGCUGUGGUUAUGUACGGUGCUACCCGAAACCAAGAUGACCUGACACACAAAUUAGCUGAUAUCAUCAAAGCUAACAACCAGCUCCGUCGUGAUGAACAGAAUGGUGCCGCAUCUCAUAUACUUGCCGAAGAUAUUCGAAUGCUACAAUUUCACGUAACGACUAUGACUGAUAACGACGUACCGGGUUUACCAAAGGCAAUUCAAAAAUCAGGGCGUCCAUUGAAAUCCAUCAAAACGCGUUUGAAAGGCAAAGCUGGCCGGAUUCGAGGCAACCUGAUGGGGAAGCGCGUCGAUUUUUCCGCACGUACAGUCAUCACAGCUGACCCGAAUUUGAAUCUCGACCAAGUGGGUGUUCCACGGACAAUUGCGCAAAACCUAACCUAUCCGGAAAAUGUCACACAGUUCAAUAUUGAUCACCUCCAGAAGCUUGUUCAGAACGGUACCCUGUAUCCAGGUGCGAAAUUUAUUGUUCGUGAAAAUGGUGAUCGCAUUGACCUUCGCUACCACCCAAAAGUGGCCGAUCUUACGCUCCAAGUCGGUUAUGUUGUUGAACGGCAUAUGCUGAACGAUGAUUAUGUUAUUUUCAACCGACAGCCUACGCUUCACAAAAUGUCCAUGAUGUGCCAUCGAGUUAAAGUGCUUCCUUGGUCGACGUUUCGUUUGAAUCUGUCAGUUACCUCACCAUACAAUGCUGAUUUCGAUGGUGAUGAAAUGAAUCUACACUUGCCCCAGUCUGUUGAGACUAAAGCUGAAAUCAGUCAGCUGGCUCGCGUUUCUCGGUUGGUUAUCACUCCACAGGCCAACAAACCCGUCAUGAGUAUUGUGCAGGACACACUGACGGCCGUAAACAAAAUGACACAACGGGAUGUCUUCCUCAAUCGCGCUGAAAUGAUGAAUCUCCUCAUGUACCUGCCCACGUGGAACGGCCGUAUGCCGAAACCGGCAAUAUAUAAACCACAACGCUUGUGGACCGGAAAGCAGCUGUUUACUCUGAUCAUUCCCGGCCGCGUGAACUGUAUUCGAACUCACAGUACCCAUCCGGAAGACGAAGAUGGCGGACCUUACCGCUGGAUUUCCCCUGGCGAUACUAAGGUGAUUGUCGAUGAUGGUGAUUUGAUUGCAGGUAUUCUGUGCAAAAAGACGCUUGGCUCUGGUUCAGGUUCACUCAUCCAUAUCGUUGCCCUGGAACAUCACCACGAGCAGGUCAGUAUGUUUUUCAACAACAUUCAAACAGUGGUUAAUAACUGGCUGCUGAUUGAAGGACACACUAUCGGCAUCGCUGAUACACUGUAUGAUCAAGCCACUCGACGACAAAUUGGUGAAACCAUUACCAAAGCGAAAGAUGCCGUCUUCGAGAUAAUUGACCAGGCACACAACUAUGAUUUACAACCCACACCUGGGAAUACUCUACGUCAGACGUUUGAAAAUAGUGUGAACAAGAUUCUCAAUGAUGCUCGCGAUAAAACCGGAAGCUGCGCCCAGCGAUCGCUUUCAAAGUAUAACAACUUCAACAUUAUGGUGGUAGCUGGCUCUAAAGGCUCCCGCAUUAACAUCUCUCAGGUUAUUGCUUGUGUCGGUCAACAAAACGUGGAAGGAAAACGUAUACCUUUUGGAUUCCGUCACAGGACACUACCUCAUUUCAUUCAGGACGAUUAUGGUCCCGAAUCCCGUGGGUUCGUGGAGAACUCCUAUCUCGCUGGCUUGACGCCCACUGAAUUCUUCUUCCACGCCAUGGGCGGUCGCGAAGGUCUGAUCGACACUGCUGUGAAAACGGCCGAGACGGGUUACAUACAGCGGCGUCUGAUAAAAGCGAUGGAGUCCGUUAUGGUUAAAUACGAUGGAACGGUGCGCAAUCAGAUAAACCAACUUAUCCAACUUCGCUAUGGAGAAGACGGACUUGACGCGACUCAUGUUGAAUUUCAAAGACUGCCGACAUUCAAACCAUCUCACGCAGCUUUCGAGCAUGGAUUCCGUUUUGAUAUUGGCAAUGAACGGGCCCUGAGGCGAUGUAUGCCGGAGGACGUAGUUCGGAGUUUGGCCACAGAUUCGCAAACUCAGGCUGAAUUGGAUGCAGAGUGGAUGCAGCUAUGCACUGAUCGCGAGACUCUACGUUCUAUCAUACGCAAAACAGAUGAUACUGUGGUUUUACCAUGCAAUAUUAACCGGCUUGUUAUGAAUGCUCAGAAAAUUUUUGAGAUAGACCCUUUGUCGAAAACAAAUGUACACCCGAGGCAGGUCGUAGAAAUGGUCCGAGAAACCUGCAAACGCCUUGUGGUCGUACCCGGUGACGACCGGUUAAGCCGAGAGGCCAACGCCAACGCAACUUUGCUUAUGGGUGCACUGAUUCGUUCGUCAUUGUGCGCGAAGAAGGUGAUCAACGAAUACCGUUUGAGUUAUGAAGCGCUUGAUUGGGUCCUGGGUGAAAUUCGAGCCCGUUUCCAACAGGCGCAGAUUCAUCCUGGGGAAAUGGUCGGAGCACUGGCGGCACAGUCUCUGGGUGAGCCCGCCACACAAAUGACGCUGAAUACUUUCCACUACGCUGGUGUGUCCGCGAAAAACGUCACCUUGGGCGUACCACGAUUGAAGGAAAUUAUCAACGUGAGCAAAAAGCCAAAGACUCCUUCUAUGACAAUCUACUUAACAGGUCCAGCAGCACGUGAUGCUGAACGAACGAAAGACGUUGUAGCACGUUUGGAGCAUACCACUCUUCGUCGUUUGGUGAACAGUACCUAUAUUUACUAUGACCCCGAUCCGAAAAAUAGCGUCGUUGAGGAGGAUAGGGAGUGGGUAUCUACCUACUAUGAGCUACCUGACUUUGAUGUCAACGCCAUCAGUUCGUGGAUGCUUCGUAUCGAGUUCGCACGAAAAGGGAUGACGGGUAAAAAGUUAUCUAUGGAGCAAAUUUCGGAUAAAAUAACGCGCGCAUUCGGUAACGAUUUGAUCUGCCACAUCCCAGAUGAUAACCUAAAAUUGGUGAUGCGCAUACGAAUAAUGAACAGUGACCUCGAGAAGGAUUUGAAAGAAGCCGAUACCACAUCUGAUAAGAUGGAGGACGAUACUUUCUUGCGGUUCAUCGAAGCCAAUCUACUCUCAGAUAUUACGCUACAAGGUAUCCCACAGAUCACAAAAGUUUAUAUGCACAGGCCGCAGACGCAAGACAAAAAGCGGGUGGUUAUCAAAGAUGAUGGAAGUUUCGAUGCUGUGGCUGAGUGGAUGUUAGAGACUGAUGGCACCUGUUUGAUGAGGGUGUUGGCGGAGCGAGAUGUGGACCCCACACGCACUGUCAGCAAUGACAUCGUUGAGAUCUUCGAAGCGCUUGGUAUUGAGGCUGUACGUAAAGCAAUCGAGUGUGAAAUGUAUCACGUCAUUUCUUUCGAUGGGUCAUAUGUAAACUACCGACAUUUGGCAUUACUAUGUGACAUUAUGACAGUUAAAGGUCACCUUAUGGCAAUUACUCGUCACGGACUAAACCGGCUUGACACAGGUGCCCUGGCACGUUGCAGUUUUGAGGAAACAGUAGAUAUCUUGAUGGAUGCAGCAACGCACGCGGAAUGUGAUCCAAUGGCGGGUGUUUCAGAAACAAUAAUGCUGGGCCAGCUGGCAAAGAUAGGCACUGGAUGUUUUGAUUUACUGUUAGACUCUGCAAAAUGUCAAGAAGCUCAACCUAUUCCACUGGCAGGUGUGGUUGGUAUGGGGUUAUUCAACGCUCCAGGGUUUGAGGGGAUAGCUUCUCCAGGCCUCGGACUGAGCAUGGGUCCCGAUGGUCUCCCUGUUCUUGUUGGAGAUAUUGGUUAUCAAACACCUUGGGACAGCGCACAUUCUCCGGCAGGUUCUAUUGAUGCCUCUCCGAACUAUCGCGGUGCCCUUGGAGGCGCAACAGCACCACAUAGUGCCAUGUUUUCCCCAGCAGUUCGUUACGAUUCCUCACUUUCUCCUGGCCGCAGUCCCCAACUGGAUAGUCCUCGCACACCUGAAGCCUUCUCCCCAGCUGCAUACACCAGCUUUGCAAGUCCUUUAUCACUUGCAGGAACACCACAAACUGAGUUGGGAUCUCCUGGUUCUAGCCCCGGCCAUUCAGGCAGUAUGAGCAGCGGUUCUUUUGGCUACGGUGGCUCAGGCAGUCUUCGAGCAGAUAUUUUCUCUCCAAUUCACAAGCCCUCCUACGCCGGUACUGGGAGUAGCUCUAGUUUCAGUGCAGGAGCUGACAGUAAUUCGCCUACUUUCUCUCUGCAGCAGUCAUACGAACCAAUGUCAGUCGGCUAUACCCAGCGAUCACCUCAUCACCCCAGCUUCUCCGGCUACGGUAUGAUUUCCAGUGGUUCCUACGGGCCAUCCAGUGACUCACCUGACAGCAUAAAUUACUCCUACAGUCCACACAGUCCUAUGCCUACUGGAGGUGGUAGCUCGGCUAGCCGAGAUUAUAUCGGUUGGAGUACGUUACCGGGCUCGGAAACACCUGGUGUUUCGCCCAGCUCACCAUCACCUGGAAUGAGCGCGAGCAGUUUAAGCGGUAGUCGACCGUCUUUCUAUCCCAAUAGCCAACCAGCUUCACCCCUUUCCUUCAAUGCCUCACCAUCUGCUCCUCGAUAUAGCCCCCCUACACUCGCCGGCAGUUCUUCCAUGGAGAGCUACUCCCCUCAGAUGACGACACCUAGUUCUCCAGGUGGGGCACCCAGUGGAACUUUAGGAGGUCCCAGUCAUUCCCCGCUGUCCUAUCCAACAACAUGUUGGUUCUUGUUGGAGAUAUUGGUUAUCAAACACCUUUGGACAGAACCAAGAUGCUAA